AAUACCGGGUCACACCACUUUCCGGGGUUAUUUGUACUUUAAACGGCAUUAAAAGAGGUCUCCCUUAAGCUUCGUUAUAGAACUUUUAGAAUAUGUGGCGUGUUCUUUUUGUGCAAUUUGUUCUGCUGGAAAGUUCGGUUUUCGCUUUAAGCCACAAAGUAAAUGAGACUUUUGGAGAAGCCAGGGCGUACAACUGGAGUCCCCGCAGUCUGGGCAGGAUUAUAGCCCACUGCCUGGGCGGAUCGGAGAUGUGGGACUGUCUAGGAAACGAGAGCGAACGAUUGUUGGACUAUGCAGCCCAGGAUAAUAGCACUUGGCAGAUCAGUGACUAUCUGAGCAUCGAACCUUUGGAUGGACAUCAGACGCAGGAGAGAAGACGGAUGGACUUGGGUCUGGCUGGGAAAAUAAUGGGAUUGAUCCAGGCAAAGGCACUACGUAUUCAGAUGCCACGACAGUUGACCAUUUCGAAUGCCAUCGACGAUUUUGGCAGCGAGCUGGGCUUUGAUCAAGGUCGCAAAAAGAAGGACAAAGACAAGCACAUGGCCAUGAUGGGCGGCAUGAUCAUGAUGGCAACUUUAGCCCAAAUGUUCCUGGGGAAGGUCAUCCUCAUCGCCGGCUCCGCCUUCAUUAUGGCCAAGAUCGCCCUCGUCAUAUCGCUAUUGGGCAGUCUAAAAAAGGGUACGACUGGACACAGUGGUAGUGGUGGCGGCGGUGGCACCACCGAGCACGUGGUGGUGCACUCAAGCCAUGAGAGCGGCUGGCACCGUAGCAUGCCCACCCACGACUACGCCUCCAUUCAGACAAUGGAGCAGGUAGAGGAGCCGCCCAUGGAGUUCUACCAGGCCUAUCAGAUGGAGCCACUGAAGCGACGCCUGCAUCAGACGGAGAUUACCGCCCCGCAGGCCCAUCCGGAAAUCACCAAACCAACUCCGGGAUUUCUUUAG